UCUUCUACGUUCUUCCAGCAUCACCUUUCUCCAAAAUGAGCUCUUUCAGCUACACGCAGCCUGAUGGCGCAACUCGCCAAGUCUCCGGUUAUCACUAUUCAGCGCAGAAUGAAGACGACGUGAACACCUGGGUUCCGUCUGGAAACCUCUCGCACAUCCCUCUUAGGGUUGAUCUCCGCCACUUCAUGUCCUCCAUCGAGCAACAAGGCUCCACCAACAGCUGCGUGGCCAACGCUACAGCUGGUGCCUACGAGUACCUUGUAAAACGUCACCUUGGCUCAGAUGGAUACGACGUGAGCCGUCUCUUUAUAUAUUACAAUGCUCGCGCUAUGGACCCCGAUGGUGUAACUCCAGUCACCGAAGACGUGGGCAGCUUCACUCGAUGCGCCAUCGCUGGCCUCAAAACCUAUGGAGCUCCCUCGGAGACCUCAUGGCCCUUCAACGAAGAUAUGGUUGCGGAACAGCCAUCAGACGAAGUCUACGCGGAAGCCCAGCAGUUCUGCAUCGAGGAUGCCUUCAAGCUUGAAACUGAUCUCGACGUUUGGAAGACAGCGCUCGCGGAGGGCCAUCCCAUUAUCUUUGGGUGUAAUCUCUUUACCUCAUUUGAACAGGGUCGGCGCGGGAAGGUCCCAAUGCCAAACGCAAACGAGGCCGCAGCCGCGAGCCAUGGAGCACAUGCCAUGCUUUGCGUUGGCUACUCAGACCACGAUCAAGUCUUCAUCGUGCGCAACUCGUGGGGUGAGACUUGGGGUGAUAGAGGUUACUGCUACAUGCCACGUACUACCACCUGAU